AUGCUGUCGCACACAAUUGUCAAAAAUGACAGUGUUCGCCUGGAAAAUGUGACCCUAGCGGCCGUUCCACCCGAGCAGUUCCAAAUGGGGUCUUGGAGCAAAAACACAUCUGCAGAGGAGGAAAGACUUCGGGAUUACGGCAACUAUGAGCUGCAGAUGAGUCAGAAAAGCGCAGCAGCGACCGCUCCGACAGCCGACAACGCCGAGGGAAGAAGUCAAACAGUCAGAUAUUGGCGCGAAUGUGUUCAGCCUCAUCUCCAGAAUGUGGAGAAAAUCCCGGUGUUCGGCAUGUCGACACUUCGUGUCGAGGCCGAGUUCUACCAAUUGAAGCUUGUCCAACUGAUGCUCUUCGCGGAUAGAUACAACAUGGCUUGGCUGUUUCACGACACGCUCGCAUCGUACUGCAAGGGAGAAGCGCUGUUCCAACGUGACCGCCCUGUGGAGCGACAUGUCGAGCUAGCAUACCGAUGCGCGACGUUCCGUCUGCUCCCAGAGCUCAUGGUGGAGUAUGGACGUUUCUGUGCUUGGAGGCGAGAUAGCGACAUUGACAUCAUGUUUCGUGGGUAUCUUUCAGACUUCGUUGCAGAUGUCAAGCUCAAGAAGACAGAAGGGAAGCCUAUUCCGCCCAUCAUCGGCCGGUUUUUGAGAGUGCAGAUCUGA